CGUCGCGCUGUGUGAACGCGUGCCCGUAGUGACUGCGGAUCAGGAUAAGAAGUGUGCUUCCCUUUCCUUGGAUCAAAACAGUUAGGGGUAUGCAUCCUUGUAAUAUUGGAACUCAGCUGACGCUGUGCCAGUGACGGUGGUGGGUGAGCUUGUCGAUAGGAAGUUUCGUUUGAUGCACUUAAUCACCUGUUGGAGUACUGGUUUUUUCUGCAGUCGUAUGGUGGUGAGUUGUGGAAUCGGUGCCAGAUUGUAGCGCGUUGAAUCAAAGCGGAUGCUGAAUUCCAUCAAAGGAUGUAUUUUCGACGGGUGGAGUGUAUUUACAGUGGAAGAGCAGACUAAAAACAGACGAAUACUGAGCAUUUCAGGAAUAGAUUCUAGUCUCUGCAUGUUCUGAGUCGGUUUAAAUAAAUAUGGUUGAUGUUAGCAAAAUAAAUAUUAUCUGUGUAAAUCUAACGGAAGCUUAUGUGCGCGUGGGGUUUUGAACGAAUGUUUCAAUUGUAGCAGAGAUAACAUGUAAAGAGAAGCUCCGGCGAAGAUAAAUAACCUUAUUCAGCCAUCGCUUUUUUCUAAACCCUUUGAUGUGUAUAAAUUCUCCGGCGUGUGGUUUAAUUGUUAUCAGUGUUUACAUAAAGUACAGUAGUUCCUGUUAGUGAAUAAUUGAGAGAAAAAUAUUCGGCAAAUUCUGGUGAUUUAUCUGAGUGUGUUCAGCUGAUGUGAAUGCAAUCUAUGUAACCUUACUACAGUGUGUAGCAAGCUGUAGAAUAGAAAUUUAUAUCUUGUGAAAAAUAUGAAUGAAGUCAUGUUCUGGAUGCUGUGAUUGCUCGCUCAUCUAAUGGUCUAUAGAUUGUAGCGCCUGCCUGCUGGGACAGCUACUGUUUGAGGUUUAUAUCAAUGAAAAAAUAAGGAUCGUGCCGUGAAGCGCCAUUUCCCGACAGAACAAAUUUCCAAACAGUUUCCAUCCGAAGUGUGAGUGCUGCCGACCUGCACGGUUCACACCAAGGACCGUGGGGGUUAUCUUGUGUCACCAAAGAGGAUAGCUAGAGAGAGAGAGAGCGAGAACGUUAGACUGCCGCCGUAAGCCAUGACAUCCCCCUUACCGCUGCUGCGUUCGUUCUCAACGGAAAACCAAAACCGAGACUGGUGCAAGCGUUUCUCGCUGCGAGCCAAUCGGAAGGCCGCCACCGAUGGAAAGCUGGACUUUGCCACUAUUCGGAAGAACAAGUUCGCUCGGCGCUGUUCGUCCCUCCGCCAGCAGCCAACCGAGCAGGCCGCCUCCAAUGUGACGCUCGAGCUGGCAAGCGCCUCGCCCGCCCAAUCGAUGACCAUCCACGAGAACAAUUCCCCCAAAAAGCCAAAGUGGGAGGUGAUUGAACACUUCAAGAGCAGUACACGCGGCCAGGAAUCGAUCAGCAGCAGUUUGAUUGCGGCGGGAGUAACGGCGUUCAAUUUAGAUGACACCACAUCCAAUUACUCUGGAACGGCGUCAAUCCGGAAAAAGAGCUUCCAGAUUUAUGGUGCGGGAGCAGCGCCAGACGAACUCGAGCCGCUGAAUAGUGGCAGCCACAAUGUGGCAAACGAUGCCGACGGGACGUGCGACACGACCCGGUGUUGGAACCACGCCAAAUGUUUAUUCAACGGAAUCAUCUGCUCGCACAAGUUCAAGAACGUUCAGGUUGAAAUGCUGUAUCAGCGAUACUUCCUACGGAUGAACCAGAGCAACGCGGUGCACAUCGUGUGGCUUCUUCUAGGAUUAAUUUUUAUCUUAGCGUUAAUACACCUAGUGUUUACCUUCAUCCUGCAACAAUCGCUUGAAAGCUGCAACGGCUACGAGGGAUUCAGUGGUCCCUUUGAUCGUUCGAAUUCGUCCUUAUCGUCGUCGCCCUUUCCGCCAGCAUCGAUAGUGUCCCCGCCAGCUGUCCUGCCGGGUUCCAUCGGGGAUCCAUCGUUCGCAGGGAGUUUCAAUGAUAGCAAUUUUCCCGCGUCAAGGGAACAACAUACAAUGGCAGCCGCUCGUAAUGUUGCCAUUUUCAGCAAUUAUGGUGAUGAUGCGUUCAACGUUAGCGACACCGGUGGGGGUGGGGACGAAGGCGGGGGAGGAGGAAAUAUAUUGUCUUCAGCGACAAGUGAAAGUGAGCUCAGCGAUGAUUCCGAAAAGGUUGUGAGCGGUGGCGGGAGUGAUGAUGUGGUUCGCCGAAGACGGAAAGUUCAGAUAAGUGAAAGUUCCCACCACAAAUGGUUUCCUUCCGCUGGGAGGCUGGAUCCUGUAGGUGACGAGCGUGACGAUAAUGUUAACCCCGCUGUAAUUAAUCACGAUGGUGCGGUUGAGGGAACGGGCCAACGAGGAGAGACCAGGAGGCCGAGAAGAAGUCAAUCCAAUGGUGAUAGUGAAAGCAAUGCGGUUGAAAGCGGUGACGAGAUGAAGAGAUAUUGGAAUAGCGAGGGUAGAACUGGAAUAAGCCAGACAAACGACCGCCGUAACAGUAAAAGUGAUAUUAUCGCCGCAUCCAUCAACGGUGACAUCGACUACGGGCAGUCCGGAGAGUUCCAGGAUCAGGCGGCGCAACUGGUGACGAUAUCGACCCAACUGAACGAAACCGACGCCGGUGACGGUGAGCUGAGUCUAUGCAGUCGCGACUAUUUUACCCUGCUCAAGGAUAACAUGACCCAGCUUAUCCUGCUGGGCAUUUGCGCAACCGUUUACGCCCUACUGCUAAUGUGUCUCUACAAAAAGCGCAUCAACGAAAUCUACCUGUUUCAGGUGUCGUACGUGAUUAUGGUGACGCUGCUGGCGCUGGACGUCUGCUUCAGCUUCACCACUUCCGCUAAAAAAUUCACAUCGUCCGGAGGCUGCACCGUGAUAGCGAUCUACAUUACCUACACAAUGCUGCCCAUUCGGUUAAGGGAGGCCGUCGUGGGGGGCACCCUGCUGUCUCUCUCGCAUAUCCUGCUGACCUUCGCCAUGAGCGAAUCGGAUGACCACGAGGUGCUCUUUUCGGACCUCAUAACGCUGGGCUGCACGAACGCAACUGGCAUUCUGCUGCAUUGGCCAAAGGAGAAAUCCCAGCGAAAUGCGUUCAUGGAAACACGUCAGUGCGUUGAGGCGCGGCUGAGAAUCCAGCGGGAAAACCAGAAGCAGGAGCAGCUGCUGCUCUCGGUGCUGCCGCGGCACGUGGCGAUGGAAAUGAAAAACGAUAUUGCCGGCCAGCCACGGGAAGAGGCCCAGUUCCACAAGAUUUACAUCCAACGGCACGAGAACGUGAGUAUACUAUUUGCGGACAUUUGCGGUUUCACGAGCCUCUCAGAUCAGUGCACGGCGGAAGAAUUGGUGCGACUAUUGAACGAGUUGUUCGCUCGGUUCGACCGGUUGGCCCAAGAACAUCACUGCCUGCGGAUAAAGCUACUGGGCGAUUGUUACUACUGCGUGUCCGGAUUGCCGGAAGCGAGGCCGGACCACGCGAUGUGUGCCGUUGAGAUGGGUCUGGAUAUGAUCGACGCCAUUGCAUUGGUCAGGGAGGUGAUGGCCGUGAAUGUGAACAUGCGAGUUGGCAUUCACACGGGGAGGGUUCACUGCGGGGUGCUGGGGCUUAAGAAGUGGCAGUUUGAUGUGUGGUCGAACGAUGUGACACUAGCGAAUUACAUGGAGAGUGGAGGCGUUCCCGGUAGGGUUCAUAUUACGAAGGAAACGCUCAGGUGUUUGGGUGAUCACUACGAAGUGGAAGAAGGUCAUGGGGCCGAUCGGAACAACUAUCUGAAAGAUCACCAGAUCCAAACCUAUCUGAUAGUUCCUAAGGAGUCGUAUCGGGCGCACACCAUGUCCAAGCAGUCAUCCUCCGUAAACGGAAACGUUUCCAAGGAGUUGCGGAUGAUGGGCCAUUGGUCGAAAAUGGGUUUCAAUGAUAAGCAGGAGCCAAAAAGCACCGAGGAGGAAGUGAACGAGUAUUUGAUCAAGGCGAUCGAUGCGAGGUCGAUCGACAGGUUACGUUUGGAUCACUGCAAGCGCUUCCAUCUGACCUUUAUCAAGGAUGAAAUCGAAAAAAAGUAUUGCCGAGAGCCAGAUCCGAUGCUGAAUGUGUACUUCUACUGCAGCAUCAUAAUUUUCUUCGGCAUUAUGUCGAUUCAGGUGCUGGUGUUUUCGAUGGACCGGUACAGCUAUUGGGUGUACGGAAUCCUAACCGUGAUUCUACUGCUGUCAUGUGUUCCAGUCUUCUCGAGGGAAGAUACAAAAAUCUCCAAUUUCUUCCGGGUGAUGUCUCAGAAGAUUCACGGCCGUCGGGAAAUUGCCCAAGUGAUAUCGCUCUGUGUGGUAGUUACUGUGAUAUGCUCAUCUUACUACAAAUUGACUUUUAUUUUCUAUCUGUCUCUUACCGGCGAGUAUUCUCUUGUGCGGCCUAAUAACUGUAAAGAAUCUAAAAUUGUUAAUAUUUUGCUACUUUUAACAUUGCUUGCCUUACUGACCUGUGCGGUCCAUCAGUUUAUCAAGAUUCUGUUCAAGAUCAUCCUGUUGGUGGUCAUUAUGGUGUGCUACGUCACCUCGAUCGUAGUGCUGGCGCUGAUUUUUGAUCUUCACUGCGAGCCAUGGUUCCUAACCACAGAGCGCUUUCUCAUCGAUGUGGCCUUCCUGGUGGUGUUCGUGAUAGGUCAAAUCAUGCACAGCCAACAGACGGAGAUAACCAGGCGGCUGGAUUACAUCUGGAAGCUUCAGGCCACCGAGGAGAAAGAAGAUAUGGAACAUCUGCAGGCUUAUAACCGGAAGCUGCUGGCGAAUAUCCUGCCGGUGCACGUGGCCGACCACUUCCUGCGACGGGAGAAGAAUAUCGAGGAGAUUUACCACGAGCAGUGCGACAAGGUGUGCGUUAUGUUCGCUUCGAUACCGAACUUCUCCGAGUUUUACAUCGAACUGGAAGGGAACAACGAAGGGGUCGAGUGUCUUCGGCUGUUGAACGAAAUCAUCGUUGACUUUGACGAGCUGCUGGCACUGGAUCGGUUUCGGUACGUGGAGAAGAUCAAGACGACGGGUUCCACCUAUAUGGCUGCCUCGGGCCUAACGCAGGACAGCUCGGACCCGACGGAUUUUGCCUAUGUCAUCGCAAUGAUGGACUACGCCCUCGAACUGUUUCAGAAGAUCACCGACGUGAACGAACAUUCCUUUAAUAAUUUUCGGAUGAGAAUAGGUAUCAACAUUGGUCCGGUGGUGGCUGGGGUCAUCGGAACACGGAAACCCCAAUACGACAUCUGGGGCAACGCGGUGAAUGUUGCUUCUCGAAUGGACUCCACCGGGGUCAUGGAUCACAUCCAGGUCACGGAGGAUGUGUUCGAGGCAGUGAAGGACAAAACUUACAAUCUAACCUGUCGGGGGACUAUCAACGUGAAGGGGAAAGGCACGAUGGUCACCUAUUUGAUGCCAGGAAUCCCCAAAGAACCCUAGAACCAUAUGAAAUCAGUGAGUGAUUAGAUGUUUUAGAGCAUACACACACAUUCACAUACAUUUCCGUCGUUAGAAGGAUGAUUAUAUUCAGUUGCUGACCAUUUUGAAUUCCUGCGCAACCGAAAGUAUUCUGAAACAUAUCAGUUAGUUUAACGGUACAGUAGCUUUUUCGUCUAUAAUUACACCGACCAGUAUCCACUAACUACAAUGCAAUGGACUGAUUCUUAGCAGCACUAGAACACAACCAGAAUGUAGCAAUCAAUCAUAGUUUAUACAUCACCCGUAGAAUUGAGUAUUUACAUAAGCAAAAACCCAAAAGCAACACAAAACGAAUAACGAAACGGUGAAACAGGAACAUUUGCUACAAAAAGAAAACCAACAUAAACUUUAUGUAAACGUUAGGGAGCUAAAGGGAGCAACGGUACGAAUACUAAACGGUGGGAAGAGAGCAGGUGCAAAUAGGCUGUCAAUCAGAUAAGAUGAAGAUAUAAUCGCCGCAGGAAUAAUGAAAUCACAAGAAUAAAAACAGAGAACGAUGAAGCUGAUGACGGUGGGUUUCUAUUAGCAGUAAAUGACUAGGUGGUACUCUGCGAUAGCUUAGUUGGGUAGGAUGCAAAGCAUAUUUUUGGAGCACCUUUUGAGGCCGGAGAGGGCGCUAACGAAAGAAAGGGAGAUGAAAAAAAAAGUUUAUUUGCUUCCUGCCUUUGGUAGGUAGUUUCAUUCUUCGAGAUAAUCAGAGCGGUGAAUGGCUGCUUGCGUAAGUGUGAUUCCAACGGGCUUUUUGAGUAGCUAUGUUGUUUCCGUUCGUUUUACCAAUAUGGAAAAAAAAAACUACUAAAUGAACCCUUAAAGGGUAAAUCGAAAGCUUAAAAAGUGAAAAUGAUAGUAUAAACAUUGUUGGGAUUAGAUGGAAUUUAAAAAUGUCGGAGCCAAAGAGAACAAUUUCUAGUAUUAUUCUUCUAUAAGGAUCUAGUCGGAUAAGACGAUUAAAGUGUUACAA